AUGGAAUCCACCAACAUGUCAUAUCUGAACCCCAAAACAGUGAUCUUGAUUGGAAUCCCUGGACUAGAGCAUGUGCAGUUUUGGAUUGGGUUUCCAUUCUGUGCUGUGUGCUUGGUGGCGCUAAUGGGAAACAUCUUCUUGCUAAUCAUCAUCCCUACAGAGCGCAGUCUUCACCAACCCAUGUACAUAUUCCUGGCUGUCUUGGCUGUGACUGACCUAGGUCUCUGCCUGGCCAUUGCUCCCAAAAUGUUGGCCAUCUUCUGGUUUGACUCCUGUUCCAUGGCAUUUGAUGCUUGCUUAGCACAACUCUUCUUCAUCCACGCGCUGCAGGGUAUGGAAUCUGGCAUCCUGCUGGCCAUGGCCUACGAUCGCUACAUUGCCAUCUGUAAUCCUUUGCGACACACAUCCAUCCUCACAUCUUUCUUUCUAGUUCAGAUGAUACUGAUGGUGGCAAUCCGGGCAACAGUGCUUGUUGGGAUUUUACCCAUUCUACUCAAACGAUUGCAUCUUUUCCACUCUGUGGUUAUUGUUCAUUCUUAUUGUGAACACAUGGCUGUGGUCAAGCUGGUUGCAGAAGAUGUCCGUGUUAACAAAUCAUUUGGGCUCUUUGUGGCCUUUGCUAUUCUAGGUUUUGACAUGAUCUUUAUCUUCAUCUCCUACUUUCUGAUUUUUCAGACUGUUUUCCGUCUUCCCCAGAAGGAGGCUCGACUCAAAGCAUUCAACACGUGCACUGCCCACAUUGUUGUCUUCAUGGAGUUUUAUAUCCUUGCCUUUUUUUCCUUCUUCAGCCACCGCUUUGGUCACGUGUCACCUUAUACCCAUAUCCUCUUGUCUACCAUCUACCUGCUGGUACCCCCUGCCCUUAACCCAAUAGUCUAUGGUGUGAAGACAAAAGAGAUCCGUAGGAGGGUUGCUCAAAUUUGUGUUCUGCAGCCUGAAACCCAGGAGUGA